GUACGUCUUGAAAGUGGAGGGGCGGGUGGAGCCUGAGGAGGAGGGAGAAGAGGUAGGAGUGGGGAGUGAAGCUUGAGCAGCAAUAAUACCCCCACUGGUGUGGCGUUUGCCUACCUCCAAAAAGGCAAAAACAAAUAGAGCUACAGUCUAUGGUGUGGUGGGGUUUGAAGGAAAAUGGAAUUGGACGAGGAGUGGGACUUGAGCGCUGAAGAACUUGAAUCCCUCGAACGAGACGCUCUCCGUACCAUUGCUCAACGGCGCAACUCUUCUUCUUCGUCCUGUGCAUCCUCUUGGACAGCUCCGCCUAAUUCCUCUUCAUACUCUAAUUAUCUUCAUCAUCAACAACAACAACAACAACAACAACGACAACAACAACAGUAUGGUUAUCCUCCUCAUGAUAACAGCUGCGGACUCUCUCCUGCGAAGCCCUCCACCACCACCGUUGAAUCUCGUACUCACAACAAGGUGGUGGCUAUAUCUCCUAGGUCUAGAACGUUACCUAGAUCACUAGCAACAAAACUAACCGAUAACAGCUUAAAGGAAUUGCCAAAGUUUCCUGUCAAAUUGUUUCUUCAUGCUAACGGAAACAUUGCGGCAAAAUUUUCAUAUGAUCCACAACUUGUAGCUGCCCUCCGCAAGGUCCCCAAAGCAACUUGGAAUGCAAAUGAAAGACUGUGGAUGUUCCCUGUAUCUUCAUUGUCUUCAGCAGAAGAAGUUCUUGGUGAAAUAACUGCUUUCGUUGUUGAGGUUGAGAAUUUAGAUCCCUUGGUUCGGCGUGCUAUUGCUGCUGCCUCAGCCAUUCCUGAUCUCAGAGAAGAUCGAUAUGAGAGGAUUCCAAGUUAUAUUGAAUCAAAGCUUUUGCCAUUUCAGCGGGAUGGUGUUAGGUUUGUGUUGCAGCAUGGAGGGCGUGUCCUCCUGGCAGAUGAAAUGGGACUGGGGAAGACCUUACAGGCAAUUGCUGUAACUGCUUGUGUUCGGGAUUCGUGGCCUGUUCUUAUUCUUGCUCCAUCUUCAUUACGUUUACAUUGGGCUUCUAUGCUUCAACAUUGGCUGAAAGUCCCUUCUUCAGAUAUACUUGUAGUAUUAUCUCAAUGGGGUGGCUCAAAUAGGGGCGGAUUUACGAUAGUGCCGUCAAACACAAAGGGAACCAUUCAUCUUGACGGUGUUUUUAACAUUAUAUCCUAUGAUGUUGUCCCUAAGUUACAAAGCAUCCUAAUGGCAUCAGAGUUUAAGGUUGUGAUUGCAGAUGAAUCACAUUUUUUGAAGAAUGCUCAAGCAAAGAGAACAAGUGCUGCACUUCCAGUUUUACAGAGAGCUCAAUAUGCUAUAUUGCUUAGUGGAACUCCUGCUUUAUCGCGACCAAUUGAGCUAUUCAAACAGCUAGAAGCAUUGUAUCCCGAUGUAUAUAAGAAUGUUCACGAAUAUGGUAACCGAUAUUGCAAGGGUGGCGUAUUUGGAAUGUAUCAAGGUGCAAGUAACCAUGAAGAACUGCAUAAUUUGAUGAAGGCAACGGUGAUGAUUCGCAGACUUAAAAAGGACGUUCUUUCUGAGCUUCCAGUGAAGCGUAGACAACAGGUUUUCCUAGAUUUGGCUGAGAAGGACAUGAAGCAAGUCAAUGCUUUAUUUCGUGAGUUGGAUUUGGUAAAAAGCAAGAUUAAGGCUUGCAAAUCUAAAGAGGAGGUUGAGUCACUUAAAUUUACUAAGAAGAAUCUUAUAAAUAAGAUAUACACUGAUUCUGCAGAAGCAAAGAUCCCAGCAGUCGUAGAUUACUUGGGAACUGUGAUUGAGGCAGGCUGCAAGUUUUUGAUAUUUGCUCACCAUCAGCCCAUGAUUGAUGCCAUAUAUGAGUUCCUGCUGAAGAAGAAAGUUGGGUGCAUUCGAAUUGAUGGGAGUACCCCUGCAGCUUCAAGGCAAGCUAUGGUUAUGGAUUUUCAAGAAAAAGAUGCUAUCAAGGCAGCCGUGCUUUCCAUCAAAGCAGGAGGUGUUGGGUUAACUUUAACAGCUGCAAGCACAGUUAUUUUUGCAGAGUUGUCUUGGACUCCGGGUGAUAUGAUUCAAGCAGAGGAUCGUGCUCAUAGGAUUGGCCAGGUGUCAGCAGUUAAUAUAUACUACCUCUUAGCAAAUGAUACAGUUGACGACAUAAUAUGGGAUGUUGUUCAGAGCAAGCUAGAAAAUUUGGGACAGAUGCUUGAUGGCAAAGAGAACACCUUAGACGUUUCAGACAAACAGCCAAGAGGCAGCCCGACAAAGCAGGGAACACUCGACUCUUUCAUGAAGCGUUGUAACAGCACAAAUGAGGCUGAACAUGAACCCAAGCUCAAAUACCCUAGGCAGUGACGUAAAAUAACAAAAAUGCAUUGUAUGCUUAAAAAAAAUACAGUAUUUGUAUGUUGUGGUGGACAUUAUUAAAGUGGAAAAUAAUGGUAUGUUUAUAGAAACCAUUUAGCACUUUAGUUUAUUUUUGGCUGCUAAGCAGUUUGGACUUGCUUUCAUCAUCAAUGAAUUUGAGAAAAAAAAAAAAUUUCUCAAAUGAUAAAUUUUAAUC